AUGGAGAGGGAAGAGGAUGAAAGAAUCUCGAUCCAUAUGGAUCUCGUGAUAGAGAUACUCUCAAGGAUGCCCGUGAAGAGCAUUAUGAAGUUUAAGUGUUUGUCGAAAGAGUUUUCAAAGAUAAUCCAUAGUCGAAACUUUGUCGACUCGUGCUUGUCUCGUCCCUCGAGUCGGUCACGUCUCUUGUUUUAUUUCCACUGCUAUGAAAUUAACACGCUUGUUUUCUUCUCAGCGCCGCAUCGAUCGACUUGUUCUAUAAUCCCGACCCGACAGGAAAUGGUAUUCCGUGGAGGAGUUGAUGUCUCUUUCAUGUGUGCACCGGUCCGAGGUUUGAUGUUGUGCACAGUUGGAGAGAAUCAACAUGUUAUAUGUAACCCUGCCACGAGACAAAACCUAAGCUUACCGCAAAACAAUAUGUUGUGGGAAAGAGACAACUUCACAAAGUUGAUUUUAGGAUACGACCCAAUCUUUGAUCAGUACAAAGUAUUAAGCAUGUGUGGAAACACAAAUGUGGGACCACGUCCGUAUCAGUUUUUUGUUAUGACGGUGGGAAAAGAUGGUAACAUGUGGAGAAAAAUACAAGGCAUGCCUCCUCAUCUUAGGAUCGUUAAGUGUUGCCACGCGACUGGUAUAUGCAUAAACGGCGUUUUAUACUUUAAAGCUGAGUCAAACACCCCAAGUCAUCACGGUCCUGGUACUACUGUGCAUGUUGUGAGUUUUGACCUGAAUACUGAAAUGUUCAGUCUUGUGAAAAGCAAUGACCGUCUCUCAUGGUUUUCUAAGCUAAUAGACUUCCAAGGGAAGCUAGCUUUUAUAUCUCAUGUCAAUAAGGACUGCACAGCUGAGUUUUGGAUCUUGGAAAACGAAUGGUCGUCAAAAGUGUUUCAUUUGCCUUGGACUCAAAGUUACACUAGGGAUUAUAAGAGAAUAUCCGGCUCCGUGAUGGGCAUUCAUGACGGCGAUAUUGUUUUCCUACCGAAAUAUAAACUUGGUUCCACUUGGCAUCUUAGCUUGGAGAAGAAGACUGUUCGGAAAGUCAUCUACGAAAUCCCUUCUACUAAACCAUAUCGUUCUCUAGUUUUUUUUUUCGGAAACCAUGUUGAUACUACUGUAUCAUUGUAA